GGACCUGCGGAGACUGACAGGACAGGAUGAGCGCGUCCGUAGCGGUGUACAGGACCGUUUAUACCGAGGACCGGUUCAGACAGACGUACGGUACUACCGAGGCCAAACCGCGCGAGCGCCUCCGGGACAAAGUGUGCGCGCGCUGCCGGUGCGCUCAGCUCCACUGCCUGCACCUGCUCAAACAGCGCGUGCCCAUUUUCAACUGGCUGCCCAGAUACCGACUCCGGAAAUGGAUUUUAGGAGACACGGUGGCGGGACUGACCGUCGGGAUUCUACACAUUCCCCAAGGAAUGGCUUUUGCAUUAUUGACAUCGGUGGCUCCAAUCUAUGGCCUGUAUACGUCGUUCUUCCCUGUAGUCAUCUACAUGCUGUUCGGGACGGGGCGUCAUGUCUCAACAGGUACUUUCGCAGUCGUGAGUCUGAUGACUGGCACGGUGGUAGAGCAGCUGGUGCCGACUCCUCCUGAUCUGAACUGCAGUGGCCCAGAGGUCGCAGAGCUCGAAAAUCAGAGGAUUGCGGUGGCUUCGGCUAUAGCAUUCCUGUCAGGAGUGAUGAUGCUUUGUAUGUUUGGCCUGCAGUUAGGUUUCCUCGCCACGUACCUAUCCGAGCCCAUUGUUAAGGCGUUCACCAGUGCAGCCGCAUUUCAUGUGACUGUCUCCCAGCUGAAGAGCAUUCUGGGAUUGCGGCUUCCUCGCCACACGGGAAACUUUUCCCUCUUCAAGACGCUGGCCUCGGUGAUGGAGAACCUGCCCCAUGCUAACCUCGCCGAGCUGCUGAUCUCGCUGCUCUGCCUAGCUGUGCUCGUUCCCAUCAAGGAAGUGAACACACGGUUUCGCCAGCGUCUGUGCACUCCCAUUCCUGUGGAAAUUCUCACUGUGAUCAUUGCUACAGGAGUCACUUAUGCAUCCUCUCUGGAUUCCAGAUACGAUGUCCAGAUAGUGGGUCAUAUUCCAGCAGGGUUUCCUCGGCCUCGGCUGCCUGCUUUGCACACGGUGCCAGACAUAGCCGGUGACACGGUUGCGAUCACAUUUGUAGGCUAUGCUCUGUCUAUGUCACUGGCAAUGAUAUACGCCGAUAAGCACGGCUAUUCUAUUCACCCUAAUCAGGAGCUGUUAGCACAUGGCAUUUCCAAUACAGUAUCUUCCCUGUUCACUUGCUUUCCCAGUUCAGGUACACUGGCCACUACUCACAUCUUGGAAAGUGCUGGUGGUUGUACACAGCUCUCAGGGUUGUUCACAAGUCUGGUGGUCCUGAUUGUGCUGCUUCUCAUUGGCCCUCUGUUCUACUUCUUACCGAAGGCCAUCCUGGCGUGUAUAAACUUGACCAGUUUGCGUCAAAUGUUCUUGCAGUUUCACGACCUACCAGAUCUGUGGCGGGUUAGCAAGAUCGACUUUGUGGUGUGGAUGGUGACCUGGCUUUCGGUGGUUGUCCUAAACGUGGAUUUGGGUCUGGCCAUCGGAGUGGUUUUUUCCAUGAUGACGAUCGUUUGUCGCACACAGAGAACUAACUGCACAGUGUUGGGAAGAGCCUCGAAUACAGAGAUCUAUCGGUCCAUCAACCAUCACAGUAAGUGCUAUGAAGUCCCCGGAGUGAAGAUUCUGACCUAUAACGGACCCAUCUACUACGGAAACCGCAGUUUCUUUAAGGCAGAUAUAAACCGGCUACUUGGUUUCACACCUGAGCGUAUCCGCAAACGUGAGAAGGCUAGGAAGGCGCUGGAAAAGAGGAAAAAAAAGUCCAUCAAUACUGUGGACCAGGGACUAGCAAACACAUCAUUUUCCCCUGAGAAUGACUUCCACAAAUCAGAAAUAGCAGAGAAUGAGGUCCAGACCAUACUCAUCGAUUGCAGCAGUGUUAUUUUUGUGGAUGUUGCUGGAGCCAAGCUCUUCAUACAGAUAUGCAUUGAUUGUCAGAAGAUGGGAGUGCAGAUAUUCUUGGCUAACUGUAAUGAGAGCGUCCUGGAGAUUCUUACAGCGAGUGGCCUGAUGAGCUACAUGAACCCGCAGCACAUCUUCGUCACAGUCCACGAUGCUGUUGUCUACAUCCAGCAGCAAAGGGAGAAGCCUGCUUCAGAAAACACAGCAAUUUGGUUGUGAAUAUCCAAGAGCGGCCUUUAUUUAAAAAAAAAUCCUUUCGUUAGUUAUUCCAAACGAUGGGCAUAGACACAGCUGCUACCAGACCAAAAAUCUUUUCGACUGGAUUUUCCCAUGUUUGUCGGAGAGUCACAGGACAGGUGAUGGUUUAUUCAGAGCGGGCCGUGUCACUUCCACCACUGUGGUCACUAAUGAAGCUUGCACUUCUGAUGAAGCACACAAUUACUGUACAAACACAGAUGGGUUAAGGUUCACGUGCACAAAAAAUAUGCUCACAUAGAAUAGACAGUCUCUCUCUCUCUCUCUUUUCUGUAUUUAGGAGUUUAUGGGAAGAAUGAGAUCAAUAAUUACUCCUCCU